AGCCAUGAAAAUCUCAUUCCGUUUUCCUGUUCCUGCUGCCAUCUCUCUCCUCCUCAUUCCUGGAGUUCUUCUAGAGUGCUGUGAGGGAAUUAUAGGAGGAAAAGAAGUGCCACCUUAUGGAAGACGCUACAUGGUCCUAAUAAAAGGGCUGGAAGUUUGUGCAGGGGCUUUGAUCAAAGACAACUGGGUGCUGACAGCUGCUCACUGUGACCUAAAGGGAGAGCCUCAAGUUAUUCUUGGGGCCCACACCGCAUCCCAUAAAGAGAAGCUUGAGCAAGUAUUUUCCAUUCAAAGGGCAAUUUCCUAUCCAUGCUAUGACCCGCAGACAUUUGAAGGGGAUCUUCAACUCCUUCAGCUGAAAGGUAAAGCGACAAUCACCAAAGCUGUAGGAAUACUUCCACUACCCAGAACAGGAGAAGAUGUCAAGCCUCACACCAAGUGUCACGUGGCAGGAUGGGGCAGCACCAAAAAAGACUCGUGCAAGACUUCCAAUACCUUGAGAGAAGUCAAUGUCACUGUGAUAGACAGAAGAGUAUGCAAUGAUGCAAAGCACUAUAAUCUCAAGCCAGUUAUUGAAAACAGCAUGAUCUGUGCUGGUGGCAGAAAAGGUGAAGAUGAUUCAUGUCAAGGGGACUCUGGAAGCCCUCUCAUCUGCAACAACAUUUUCAGGGGUGUUACUUCAUUUGGAAAAUGUGGUAACUCCCAGAAGCCUGGAAUCUAUAUUCUCCUUACAAACAAGUAUCUCAGCUGGAUUAAGAAAACCAUUGCAGGAGCCAUCUGACCUGCCUUCUUCACAGCAGAGAUCCGAGGGACCACCUGGAGAUGUCAAGAAAGGGGGUUUUAGCUUGAUGCAUCCCAAGAAGCACCUCUACAAUGUCCUGUGCGCAAAUGACAGCUUGUCUGAAACAAUUCAUUAGCAAAAAGGCAGCUUCCUGCUCUCACGCUUGCAUGACCACUUCAGACUGCAUCGUCACACUUACUCUCUAGCCACAGCAAGAGAUGCCCUUAAGAACAGGUUUUUCAGUUCAGUGCCUCUUGGCUUUAUGUGGAAUUUGAGAACUGUCACUUUCAUGUUUGCUGUUAAAAGAAAAUCAAGGGGCCUGCACUGUGGCACAGCGGGUUAAGCUACAGCUUACGACAUAGGUAUUCCUUAUGGGAGCACAGGUUCAAGUCCCAGGCGCUCCACCUCUGAUCCAGCUUCCUGCUAAUACGCCUGGGCAGGCAGCAGAGAUGAUAUAAGUGCUUGCAUUCCUGGCUCUUGCCUUUGGCCUGGUCCAGCCCUGGCUGUUUCAGCCAUUGGGUAGUAAAUCAGCAGAUGGAAGAUCUCACUCUGUCUCUCCCUCUCUUCCUUUCAAAUAAAUAAAUUGCUUAACUUUUUCAAAAAAUCAUCAAUCCCAGAAAAAGAAUAUGCUCUGUUCUUGGGACUGAGAGCCCAACAUUCUACUCAGUGUGGGAGGAAGGGGUGAGAUGAAAGGAGUUCACUUCUGACUGUACACUCCUGUAUAUUUUACAUUUAAAAACCGCUUAAAGACUAUGAGAAAUGCUGAGUGUGUGUUUUAGAUAUUUGGGGAAUUUAAGGCUAGGGAUGGUUCAGGACAACUGUAUCACUGAAUUACAACUAGACUGAAGUUUCAUAUACUUGUAUGCUUCCUUUUGCUUUAGCUAGCCAA